AGAGAGAAAGACGGAGAGAAAACAGACAAGAUGCGGAGAGGAUCAAAAGCAGCGUGAAGGAAGAAGAGAAGGAAGAAGAAGAAGAAGAAGUAGGAGGAGGAGAAAAGGAAAGAGGGAAGAGAGGAGAGGAGGAGUAGGAGAAGAAGAAUCGACCAGCACAAGGCAGGUGUGUCGCGUUGCAGAAUGGGAAAUGCUCCCUUCCAAGGUCCGGUGUGGAAGAAGGCGUCCAUGAUCUCGGCGGACGAUGCGGAGUACCCGCGGGAGUACCACACCAUGGGUGGCGGUGGCGGUGGUGGUGGCGCAGGUGGGUCUGGUCGGCGCUUCUCCAGCUCCGGGCUGAUCCACACGUCGUCGGCCCGCAGCCUGGAGGCGCUGACCAACCUGCAGAAGGCCGAGAUGGACGCGCUGGCCAAGCUGCACAAGGCCGACAUCGAGCGGCAGCGCGACGCCCACUACAAGAGCCGGCAGCAGGCCUCCGCCACUGCCACCGCCACCACACUGGUCAACACCAACAGCGCCCGCCAACAGCAACAGCCAAACUACUGGAGUUUCAAGGCUCGCACGCCACGCCACUCCCAGCCAUCCCCGGUGUCGUUGGCGGACCAGGCGGGUCGCGUGUCCUUCGCGUCGGCUGAGAGCCUGGAGACCAUGUCCGAGUCGGACGUGCCUCUCGGCUUCAGCCGCAUGAACCGCCUGCGCCAGAGCCUGCCGCUGGCCCGAUCACCUAGCCAGACCAAGCUCCGCGCGCCAGGCGUGCUCUUCCUGCAGCUGGGCGACGAGGUCCGGCGCGUGCACAUCACGCACGAGCUGACCAGCCUGGAGACGCUGCACGCCCUCCUUGUCCACAUGUUCCCGCAGAAGCUGACCAUGGGGGGGGCCCUGUAGCGCACCAUAAUCCUGGUCAAGGACGAGCGCAUAGCGUCUUCCCCGCGCUGGAGGACCAGCGGCGGCCGAUGCCCGCGACCCUUCGUCAUCAAGGUGUACUGCCGCGAGGCGGCGCUGCAGUCGCAUGGCGUUGGUGGUGGGCACGCUGGUGGGCAUGGAGGAGGAGGAGGCGAGUGGGCACAGUGGUGGUGGGGGCGGAGCUGCCCCUCCCUCCCGUCCCCGUCCCGGGAGGGCGCCCCUCCAGCUCUCUCACGCCCGCCCCUCUCCCCGGGGGCCGCUCGGCCCUACGCCCGGCCCCCUCCCCACGACGGCCCAGCAACAGCAGCAGCACGCGCAGCAGCAGCAGCACUCGGGCUAUCCGCACGGCCACCCCCACCACCCGGCUCACCACUCGGCCGGCCACACGCCCCAGCAGACCCCGUCCCACGGCCACGGGCACGGCCAGUCGCGACCCUCCCAUCGGCAAGGCCCGGCUGGCCCCUCGAAGGCCAUCCUGAGUUGCUGACGGUCAAGCCCGGCGAGGCCCUGCGCCGCCGGGUCCAAGGCGUGGGGGCUGCUCGCGAGGCGGCGCCCUGGUGCGGGAGCAUCUACGCGUUCUGCGUGGCCCCAGUGCUGGCGCCGAGAGCUCGCGACCGCCCAGGCGCUGAAUUCCCCCACGCCACCAUGGGCUUCCGGAGGCUUCCGCCGGCCUCGCCGCAGAAGAUCCCCGACGGGAGGGACCCGUACGCCGGCCAGCCCGGCAGGGGUUCCCCCGGGAGGCAGGUGUUCCGCCAGGACGGAGCCGUGUUCAUGGACAGCCCCAAGUCCAGGGCGAGCAGCGCCGGACCGGACCAGCUGUGCGUCCUCGGCGGGGAGCAGACCGGCUUGCCCGGCUACAGCUCACCGCUGCCCGGCAACGAGACAGAAACGAGGGACCGAAUGGAGGCGAUGGAGAAGCAGAUCGCCAGUCUGACUGGCCUUGUACAGAGUGUGCUGACCAGAGGACCUGAUAGCCCGGAAAAGGGAGAAACGGCAAGCGACUGCUCCGCCACAGAACCUGGACGGUUUAGACAGAGGAAAGCUCCGACGCCCUCUGCCCCGCUUGCCCUGAUGCCGCCCCCGCCCACUGGAGCGUCUCAGCCAAUCACGGUCACUCGACUGCAGAUGCAGCAACACCUGAGUGGCCUGCAGCACAGCACUACCGAGCUGCGCAAACAGCUGGACCAGCUGCGCAAACUACAGCUGCAGAACCAGGACUCGGUGCAGGCGCUGCUGAAGCAGACGGAGUCGGAGCUGGGCCUGUGCAUGCUGGACGCGCAGCGCACACAAGAGGACCCACUACAGAGACAACGCCUCCUAGUGGAGGAGGAGAGACUGCGCUACCUCAACGAGGAGGAGCUCAUCAUACAGCAGCUACAUGACCUGGAGCGAUCGGUCGAGGAGAUGCGGACAGGGGCGGGGCUAAACCACAAGCUGGUGACGGAACAGGAAGUGGAACAGAAGAGCCUGGAGCUGAGGAGACUAGGAGAGACUCUCACAGACCUGAAGAAUCAGUUCCCCAGCCUGCAGAGUAAGAUGCGGGUGGUGUUGAGGGUGGAGGUGGAGGCAGUCAAGUUCCUGAAGGAGGAGCCACUGAGACUGGACGCGCUGCUCAAACGCUGCCGCACCAUCACUGACUCACUAACGCUGCUGCGCAGGCAGGUCACUGAAGGUCACUGGCGCAGCCCGGAAGACUUCUCCAGCCAGCCCAGCAAACCCGGCGAGCCCGACUUCGCCAAGACGCCCAACGCGCUGGACAUCCUCAACAGCCCGGGGCUCGGACUGCAGGACAUCGCGGGCUCCCUGGGCAGCGCUCUGGGGGCCUCUCUGGGCGGCGGGGGCUCAGCCCUGGCCAACUGGAUGCCAUCCAUGGGCACUGGGGUGGCAGAUGGCACGGUGCCCGAGCUGGACGGUCCGGCGGCGGGCGCGCCCAAGAGGAGCAGUCUGGAGGACAUGCCCGGCAGCAGCGGCGCCAGCCGGCGCGACUCGGACAAGGUCUCCGCCGUGGAGGUCCGCUUGGCAGCGGAGCGUGACUGGGAGGAGAAGCGCGCCAGCCUGACGCAGUUCAGCACACAGGACAUCAACCGGCUCCUGGAGGAGACGCAGGCCGAGCUCAUGAAGGCCAUCCCCGACCUGGACUUCGCCGCCAAGCAGAUCAGCAAGCCGGCCGUGCCGCCCAAGCCGCAGCUCAGCUCACUGCCCGGCCCACUAGGGGGCGCCUCCAACAACCCCAGCCCCUCGCACACCCCCGAGCACCAGCCCAGCAAGACCCCCACGCCCAGCAACAAGCUGCCAGGGAAGGACAGCGCCUCCCGCAGAGGAUCUGGUGAGCUAACAGUGCCGCGGUACAGGACAGAGAAGCCGUCCAAGUCUCCUCCUCCACCACCACCCCGCCGAAGCUUCCCCUCCGCACACGGACUCACCACCACCCGCUCUGGUGACGUCAUCAUCACCACCAAGACCAUCAAGCUGGAAAACACGGAGGAUUGCAACGAGUCGGACAAUCCCCCUCAGACACAGACUCCUACCACAAACUGA